AUGGCUGAAUCUUACAAUAAUAGGCAUUUAAGUGGUAUAGGUGGUUUACUACCAUCUAAAGAUAUAUCAGCAGAAACAGGAGAUUCACAAAUAUCACCAUCUAAUAAUAAUGAAAAAGAAAAAGUUCUAAACAAGUUUUCAGGAGCAGGGUAUAAUAUUAAUCAAAUUAUAGGAGCUGGAAUUUUUCAAACCCCUGGUUUUAUAUGGUGGCAGAUUCAGUCACCAGGAAUUGCUUUAAUUCUUUGGGUUGUCGGAGGUAUUGUUAGUUUAUUUGGAGGUCUAGUUUACAUUAAGUUGAGUAUUAGAGCAUUUCCUCGUGGAAUAGGAGAACAAAUUUAUAUUGAUGAUGCAUUCAAAAGGAAUUUAGGACAUAUAUUUAGCUUUGUAGCAAUUUUUGCAAUCUUUCCUGGAGCUAUAAUAGCUGAUUCCUAUACUUUCGCCAGAUACCUUCUUUAUGCCAUUCAAGGAAAUUCUUAUGAUGAUAAUAAAAUCAUUCCAGCAAUUGUUGCAAUUAUUAUGUUAGCAAUAGUUAUAGCAUACCAGAUAUAUUCUAACAAAUUAUCUGUCUAUAUAAAUCAAACACUUGCUUUGAUCAAAAUUAUGGCCUUACUUAUUAUUUCCAUAGCCGGACUAGUAAAUUUAUCUAAUGCUAGCAAUUGGAAUACUAUUUUUAAUAGAUAUUCACUUACAUUGGGAGACUAUAGCGAUGCUAUGAUAAAGGAAAGCUUUGAUAAUGCUAUUGCUUUACGUUUUGUUGGAGAUGAUAAUCUUAAAAAAAGUUUUAUGUCAGCACUUGUUGCAAUUUCUGCUUUUGGAGUGUAG